UCCCAACAUUCCAAAACAGCAAAAAAAAUUAAUAAGUAUGGAAGAAUUGGUCACAGGAUUUCGAUUUUUCCCAACGGAAGAAGAGCUCAUCUCGUUCUAUCUUCACCACAAGCUGGAAUUAGAAGAUGAUAAAACCAGCAACAUUCACCGCGUCAUACCAAUCCUCGACAUCUACCGCCUUGAUCCGUGGCAGCUUCCUUCACAUUGCGGGGAGCUAUGCCACGGCGACAUGGAGCAGUGGUUCUUCUUCAUGCCACGUCAGGAGAGGGAGGUGCGCGGGGGCCGUCCCAGCCGCACCACCGCCUCCGGCUACUGGAAAGCGACGGGGUCGCCGAGCCACGUGUACUCGUCGGAGAACAAGGUGAUCGGCGUGAAGAAGAGCAUGGUGUUCUACAAGGGGAAGGCGCCCACUGGAAGGAAGACUAAGUGGAAAAUGAAUGAAUAUAGAGCUAUUAAAGAAGAUCUCACUACUUCCAUGCCCAUGGUAUCAACUCUUCCCCCUACUUAUUUUUUUUUACAAACUUUAAACUUGAUAUAUAAUAUCACGAGAUUAAAUGUGAUUUUGGUUUAUAACACCAAUAUUAAUAGUAUUAUUUUUAUUACAGUUGAGGCACGAAAUGUGUUUGUGUCGGGUUUACGUUGUAUCAGGGAGCUCGAGGGCGUUUGAUCGCCGGCCUACUAGCGUGGCCGCUGUGGAGAUGAGUUGAGGUUAAUGAAAUGGAGUAUAGAUUGAAGUGUUUAGUGAUAUAAAUUGGUUUGACUAAACCCUGUUAUGGUAUUAAUGAAUUCUUGGAAUAAGAUUACAGUGUAGUAGUAUUGUCAGGUAACUACCGUUUAUUGCAGCAUUUCUCAUUUCAAUAAUUAAUUGGAUUUAUGAUGC